AUGCAUUUGCUUUGGUCACCUACCUGCCAAUACCAAAUUUAUUAUUUCACAAUUUCAAUUGUCAUCCAUAAUUUGAAGCUUGCCACUCACAAUGGAUGCCCUAUGUCAGACCCAAGAGGAGAUUUGCAUAUGAUCCACACACCUUUGGUUGCUUGGAUAGCCAACUACCCUGAGCAACUACUCAUCAUGUGUAUGGUGUCAAAAUGUUCUCUAAUUUCUCUUGCUACUGCUGCCCAAUUUGGGGAUCCUCUUCCACAUCCUCCUCAAACUUGUUCUUACACUCUUGACACUAUCGAGAGGGCAUGCAUUACUUCUGACCCCUGCAACAUCACAUCCUUCUACAAGACGUGUCAAACCCUUCAUCUGAAUGGUGUCAUUGAGCCAUACUGGAAGGAUUGGGGCCAUGCAUGCCCAUCCUUCUUUUUGAUGCCAGAUGGCCUCCAUCAGUGGCACAAAUUUUUCUUUGACCACCCCAUCAACUGGUCAAUAAACAUUAUGGGGGGAACAGAACUUGAUUUGCAUCAUUGGAAGCUCCUUCCUGGCAUGAUUGUUGGUGCUGUUCCCAAUGAAGUUGUGUGUGCACUACAUGCUAUCACUGAAUUUAUAUUCCAAGCACAGAACUUCUUUAUUCAUGAUGAAACUCUACACUCUCUAUUUGAAGCCCUCUGUGAAUUUCACCACUACAAAGAUUUUAUCCUACUAGUGGGUGGUCACCAUGGCAAGAAUGGUUUCCUUAAUCACUUUGAGAUCCCCAAGCUAGAUGAUAUCACUGAGUGCUGCCACAUCACCCAUGUGAAACAGCCUUACCACAUGUCCAAUUGCAGAGAUUUCCACAGUCAGUGCUGCUGCUUCCUUGACUGGCAGGAAAAACUGCAAUUCUUCCAGCCUUACACAGGAGGUGUCAGAAUGCUCUGCUUCUUCACUUUGUCUUUGUUCCCCAUAGCAUGGGAAUCCAAUGUCAUUGUGUGA